AUGAAAGUUUGUUCACUGUCUAAACCCUAAUAGAGAAGAAGAGAAAGGCAGUUACUUGUUCUUCAUUUUCAUCUUCGCCGCCUUCCGAAGAUGAAGUUCAACAUUGCAAAUCCGACCACUGGUUGCCAGAAGAAGCUCGAGAUUGACGAUGACCAGAAACUUCGAGCCUUUUUUGACAAAAGGAUCUCCCAAGAGGUCAGCGGAGAUGCCCUGGGUGAGGAGUUCAAGGGUUAUGUGUUCAAGAUCAUGGGAGGAUGUGACAAGCAAGGUUUCCCCAUGAAGCAGGGAGUUCUAACUCCAGGCCGUGUUCGCCUUUUGCUGUACCGAGGUACUCCUUGUUUCCGGGGACAUGGUAGGAGAAAUGGUGAGCGCAGAAGGAAAUCUGUCCGUGGAUGCAUUGUUAGCCCUGACCUUUCUGUUCUGAAUCUUGUUAUCGUGAAAAAGGGUGAGAAUGAUCUGCCUGGACUGACCGACACUGAGAAACCAAGGAUGAGAGGACCCAAGAGAGCUUCAAAGAUCAGAAAGCUCUUUAACCUUUCCAAGGAAGAUGAUGUCAGGAAGUAUGUCAACACCUACCGCAGAAAUUUCACUACCAAAACUGGGAAAAAAUGACGAGCAAAAGCUCCCAAGAUUCAGAGGCUCGUGACACCAUUGACUCUGCAAAGAAAGAGGGCAAGAAUUGCUGAUAAGAAGAAGAGAAUUGCCAAGGCCAAGUCAGAGGCAGCUGAUUAUCAGAAGCUUCUUGCAUCAAGGUUGAAGGAACAAAGAGAAAGGCGUAGCGAGAGUUUGGCUAAGAAGAGGUCUAGACUCUCUGCAGCUUCUAAGCCAUCCAUUGCAGCUUAGUUCACUGGAAUGUAAUUCCUGCUAUUUUUGGGUCUGGUUUUAGUUAUUGUUGGAUGUAGUACAUGGUUUUGGUAAUUUUGAGCAUUCCUGAUAUUUUGAGUCUGAUGGUACUUUAAGAUUGAUGAUUUUUGUUACUUGACAAUCUUUUAUGUUUAUGUUUUUCUUGAUCUUGCUACUUUGAAAAA